AUGUUCAGAUUCAGGUUUUAUCAAAACUUGUUUUUGUUUUUAAAUAUUUUGAUUUUUCUUUCUAUUUUUUUAGUUCGUUCAACUAGUACUACAGGAACAGCUUCAUCUGCUAUUGAUAGAAGAAGUGUUUCACAACAUAAUCAGUUACAAGAGAAGGCGUCACUAAAAAGCAGUCUAAAAAUUGAGGAUACUAUACUUCGAUUAAAUAUUGGAGGAAGUUCUUAUCGAAUUAGAACUAGAAGCAUUUUGAAACAUGGAGCUGAUACUUUGCUUGGCCGUUUUAUUCGAAUGGACGAACAACAUAGAAGGGCUUGGGCUGAUGCUUAUUUUGAAGAGGAAAGUGAAUAUUUUUUUGAACGUGUCCCGAGAUAUUUUGAUCCUGUUUAUGAUUUUUAUGCUUCUGGAAAAUUGCAUGUACCUAAAGAUUUGUGUUUUGACAAGUUUAUGGCGGAGCUUCGUUUUUGGUCUGUUUCAAAAGCAAAAGUUGAUCAAUGUUGUAGUCCUUUCGCCCAAUAUUAUUUGUACAAAAAGACUAAAAAUUUGGAUACUCCUGAGAAAGACCAUUUUAUUGGUCUCCGUUGUGCUAAAGUACGUAGACGUUUGUGGUUGAUACUUGAAGGCCAUUCAAACUCAAAAUGGUGGAAAUUUUUUGAAAUAACUUCAACCUCCUUCGUAGUCCUUUCAAUAACAGCGCUCAUUUUGGCCAGUAUGCCUGAAUUUCAAGUGCCAGAUAAUUCGAAUCAAUUAAAUACAAUGUCUCUCGGAAAACACUCAACAAACCCAACAUACCCAAAAGUCAGUGGAUUUACAAUUCCAACAACAACGGUUGUAAAAGACGGGGAAGAACACCGUAUUGAAAUGAUUGAACAUCCUGUGUUUAAUUAUGUUGAGAAUAUAUGUGUUAUAUAUUUUACAUUGGAAUAUUUAUUGCGUUUUUGGGUGGCACCUAUAAAAUCACAAUUUGUAAAAGAAUUUUUAAAUAUAAUUGAUCUCCUUGCUAUUGCUCCUUUUCUCUUUGAACUUUUGCUUAUUUUUAUAGGCAUUAGAGGGGAUAAUAUUCGAAAAGUUCGUUGGGCAUUCCUCACAGUUCGCCUUUUACGGGUACUCAGAGUUGUUAGAAUUGCAAAACUUGGUCGUUUCAGUCCUGGUCUUGCCAACUUUGCCUUAACUUUACAACGAAGUAAGAAACAAAUGCAAAUGGUAGCAAUUGUUUUGCUUACUGGUGGGUAA